CCAUGUUGUUCUUUAUGGAAUGUCUUAACAUCUUAUAUAAGUGUUGAUAACAGUGGUAUUGAUGAUCGGCCUGUAAAGUAACAUUACACCAUACAGAUAAUUAUAACCUCCAUUGCUCCAUUGUUAUUAAAACUUCACUAUCCACUCAAUUUAACCGUGCAUCAUUUUCUGCAUUAAUGGUUUAAUUACUGAAGCAAGGUGUUCUGUAUUUUCUAUGAAUACCUGUUAAAAAAGUUAAAUGCAUUUGUCAGAUCUCAUUCCGAUAUUCCCCAUAUGGCAGCAACAAAUGGCUGCUGAUGAGAGCUGACGCAUGCGCUAUUUGUAUCUGAUCUUCAUCAAUGUAAAUGUUGGCAGAUGAAGUGCUCUAUUUUUAAAGUGGGACAAACAAAGUUUCUUAUAAACAUUAUAAUUAGUAUUUAUAAACAAUGUUAAUUAUGGGAGAUAAUACGUAAUGAUUUUACAAAAUGAGGAAUUUAUUACACUUUUCUAGUGGAUUAAUACUUUUCUAUGUGUUUUCUGUGGAUUAUUUAGCCAGCGGGGAAUUCGACUUGUCCCGCUUGUCAGAAGUAUGUUUGGACGGAACGUUUGGAUACAAAUGUAGCUACCGAUGUCGAUGUUACAGGGACCAAGUAUGCAACAAAGAGACGGGAGUUUGCCCCAGGGGAAGAUGUGCGGAGGGAUUUUGGGGACCACGAUGUCAGCUUUCAAACAACUGCUUUUAUAAUGGACAAGCCAAAAAUUAUAUGGGAACAAAAGCAGUGACUGACAAUUUAUAUACCUGUCAGAGAUGGGAAACUCAGGAACCCCAUCGUCAUUCAUAUACAGUCACAGACUUCCCGGAUAAGACGAUGCCGGACAAUUACUGCCGAACUACUCAGGAUUCUGCUCGACCCUGGUGUUACACGACGAACAAAGACCAGAGAUGGGAACAUUGUAAUAUAAAUAAUUGCAACUGUCCAGCUGGACGGUUUGGGAACAACUGUGAACAUGAAUGUCAUUGUGCUGAUCAAAGUGAGGCUUGUGAUAGUAUCCUUGGUAUGUGCUCCAGUGGAUGUGCUCAAGGAUGGGAUGGUUUUAACUGUCAGAAACCGGUUGCUUGCCCAGAAAACAGAUAUGGUUGGGAUUGUUCUAAUCAGUGCUACUGUCAAAAUCCACUUCAUUGUCAUCGUUUCUAUGGACCAACUGACCAAUGCAAAUGUAUCAGCGGAUAUUUCAAUCCACCAUUUUGUCAACCAGUAACUGUACCAAAAAUCAUGUUUUUCGACAACGUGAAGGUAAACCCUGGACAAUCUACAACAUUUAAUUGUACUGUAUCAGCUUUUCCUGUACCAGCAGAAAGUGAGAUAAGACUUAUGGGUCCAGCUGGACGUCGAAUAGCAAUGAUAGAAUCCACGGAGUUAGGAACUGACACGAGGAUAAACCUGUUCCAAGUUGAUUUUGUAAAUAAAGAUGAUACGUUUACGUGUGUAGUCCGGUCAGUGUCUGGACAAGCAUCACGUACUGUAGCAACAAACGUUUAUGAAUUACCGUUGCUGAAGAAUGCUCCAAAUGUGUCUGUGAAAGGUCCUGGAAUUUCAUCUGUAAUCAUUGAAUGGCCGCCGUGGAGUAGAUCACGUGGCGACGUAGGAGACCCUCCUAUUCUUUGGUAUGAUGUUUGGAUGAACAAGGUUGGAAGAUCACCUGAGAAGUAUGGUAUAGUUACACAUAUGAACUGUCGUGGGAUGUGUCGCUAUACGUUAAAUGAUCUUGAUCCUAACACAGAAUAUGCUAUUAGGGUUUCUGUCAGGAGAGAUGGUGAUGGCGGAGACGGACCACUCGGUGCUAUUCUAUACACCAAAACUAAAUGCUCAGCACCAAACUCGCCACCAAUCAUUGAUGAGUUGACUGCUGAUUUUGAGUACAAUACAUCUUAUCCUCAAACUCAAAUAAUUGUACUAUGGACGGACGCUGCAAAGUCCACAUGGAAUUGUGACAAUAUAGCAAAAUACCAAGUGUUUAUCACAAGCAGUUGGAAAGGAUUUCAACCACAGGCUGUCCAUGUCUCAGGGGACACACCAGCGGAUGCUAAAAACAGGAAAAGUGUUUUAGUUUCCGACCUUAAUCCUGGAACAGAAUAUUGUGUUCGAAUGAGUUUCAGUAAUGAUCGAACGUUCGUCAGUCCAAAAUCUGAGAGGAAAUGUGCAAAAACUCCCAAGACAACACCCCUGCAGCCACGGAAUUUAAGGAAGGUGAAAAGUACCAGUACCACGAUAACAGUUGCAUGGGAACAACCAUACUCACCUUACUCUGUCGUUAAUACCUAUCACCUUGCAUACUGGAAGGCUACCAAUCAGUUGUCAACCAAAACUGGAUUGGAAGUCGUUUCUAACUCUCUGAACGUGGAACAUAGCAUUACUGACCUAGAACCGAAUACUAAAUAUAAUAUAGAGGUACAAGCCACCAACUCUGCAGGUCUAGGAGAUCCGUCCUUUUUUGUCGGCUUUACAGACGAAAACUUACCGUCGAAAAUUGCAUUAUUUCGGAACACUUCGAGGUCAGAUACUUCUAUUACAUUGGAAUGGGAGCAUCCAACAAUAACGAAUGGCAAGCUGCUUUAUUAUCUUAUACGUUGUAAAGCUGAAGCAACAUUGUCCUUUAGGGACGCGCAUAUUAAAGAGGCACAUGUUCCAAUGGAUAAACAGUCUCAUUUAUUCACCGAUCUUCACCCUGCUACAAAGUAUCUAUGUUCUAUAAGUGCAAGUAGUCGAGCAGGUAUUGGUACUGCAACAAACAUAGUUGUCUGGACACAGUCAUCAGAAUUAAAAGAGCCACCGGUUCCUAGUAUUGUUGAUAGGACAGAUACAACUAUUACAAUAAAGAUAGAUCAAGUGUUGGACCCAACUGUCAGUUUUUAUCGAGUAAUAGUAGAGGAGACAAAGAGAGUUGCCAAAAGGGAAGUCCCAGAGAUGAUAAAGGACGUUCGUCUCGACUUUUCAACAGCAGUUGCUUUGGGUUCUAGAGCCUAUGUAACAGCACAGUUAAAUAAACAACAACCACACGUGUUUGGAAACUUUGUUGUUGGGGAUAAUCAAACAUACAAUGGUUUCUAUAAUGCACCCUUGUCACCAUCUAAAGAGUAUGAUGUUUGGUACGGAGCAUUUGCUAUGGUAGAUGGUAUUCUUCGACAAUCGAUUGUAAAAGCAGAAAAACAAGUAGUUGCAGCUAGUAUAGAACCAGCACCAGAAGCAAACCAUGUUCCAGUUAUUGUUGCAGUCUUGGUCGUUUUUAUACUUCUGAUCCUAGUCUUUGCACUUCUUUUAUUUUUAUGGAGGAAGAGACAUAUGGCAUCAGAGAGAGAGAAGGCAGAGAUGCCGAACUUUGGACCAACUAUAGUUCCUGAACCUGAUACGUCAACCCCAUCCACACCUUGUGAUGAUGUUGAGUUAGAACCAUUAAUUGAACCAUGCACCACAAAAAAUAUAGUAGAAACUGAACCUGUUUAUGGUAAUGUAGGUGCUUGUGUAAUACCAUCAGUUAGAGUAGAAGAUCUAUGGGAUUAUGUUAAACAGAAGAAGGAAAAUGAUGUGGAAGGAUUUCGUACUGAAUACAGGCUUAUUCCGGCUGGUCUAACAGCGUGCUGUGAAGUAGCACAGAAGUCGGAAAACAAAAUAAAAAAUCGUUACGGGAACAUUAUAGCUUAUGACCACACUCGAGUUAUACUGACACCUGUUGCUGAUGAUGAAAACGAUGAUUAUACAAAUGCAAAUUAUAUUGAUGGGUACAAAAGAGAGAAAGCAUACAUUGCUGCUCAAGGUCCUACCAAACCAACAAUAGAUGACAUAUGGAGAAUGGUCUGGCAAGAGGACUCUAAAACAAUUAUAAUGCUUACAAAUCCAACAGAAACAGGAAAGAAAAAAUGUGAACAGUAUUGGCCCGAUGAAGGAAAACAGGAGUAUGCAGGUCUAAUUGUGGAGUUUUUAGAAUGUCAAUAUUUACCUGAUUUUUCCAUCAGAACAUUCCGAAUUUCUAAGGACGAUAAAACGACAGUAGUAAAACAGUAUCAUUAUACGACAUGGCCAGAUCACGGUGUACCUAGAUUUGGAAAUUCAUUACUUUUAUUCCGGCAAAAGAUAAGAUUACAUGACAAUUUAGACAAUGGACCACCAAUAAUUCAUUGCAGUGCCGGUGUGGGUAGAACUGGAACUUAUAUUGCCAUUGAUGUUAAUCUAGACCAGGCUAAAAAUGAAGGAAUUGUUGAUGUUCACAACUUUGUACAAUUAAUGCGAACACAGAGGGUUAAUAUGGUCCAAACUUUAGAACAGUAUCUUUUUGUAUAUGACGUGUUACUAGAAGCAUUAAUAUGUGGCGAUACAACAGUCCCCGUACAAAAAUAUCUCGACACAUUAUCUGAUCUACUUCAGUAUGACGAGUCUAUCAGUAAAACCAAGAUGGAUGAACAGUUUGAGGUUUUAAGAUUAUUAUCAGCAACCAUAGAAAAAGAUGAUAGUACUUCAGCUUUGCAUCCUGAAAAUAUUUUCAAAAAUAGAUCGACGGAAAUAAUUCCAGCCAACAGAUGCCGACCUUAUCUAACUACACAAGUAGAAGAUCACAACGAUUAUAUUAACGCAGUAUUUCUUAAUGGAUACGCACGAAAGGAUGCCUUCAUUAUUACGCAAAUGCCAUUACCCAACACAAUAGUAGACUUCUGGCGGCUCAUAAUCGACCACAAUUCUUAUUGCAUUGUAAUGCUAAAUGAAAUUGACAAAACAGAUAAGACAUGUGAACAAUAUUGGACAUUAGAAACUUGUGGUGAGAGUUAUGGUCCUUUUAUUGUCGAGACAACAGCAGAAAUCAAAUCUGAUCCAAGUGUCACAGUCAGAGACUUUACGAUUACAAAUACAUUGAAUCCUCAGGAGGUUCCACGUGUGGUUCGACAAUUCCAUUUUCACAGAUGGCCUGAAGGUGCUAAUGUACCUAACUCAAAAGCAGCAUUGCUGGAACUGUUAGAUAUGGUAGAAAAUUGGCAAAAGCAAAGUGGGAAUAAGCCAGUUACGGUUCACUGCAUGAAUGGUGUCCUUCGUAGUGGAUUAUUUGUUGCAGCAAAUUAUGUAUUAGAACGUAUUAAGGCAGACAAAGAAGUAGAUGUCUUCCAGGCUGUGAAACAAAUGAGAUUAAAUCGUCCACAACUGAUUGAUACUCUGGAGCAGUUUAAGUUUUGCCACGAAAUUGCAUUUGAGUACCUAAACAAUCAACACACGUUUUCUACAUUUUCAUGAUAAUAAUGAAAAUACACAAUGACUAUGUUGUUGGAGAGAUAACCGAUCCAUGACGUCAGUCUGAUAUUUAAAUCGUGCCAAAUAUGAAAUGAAGAAGAGUGAAAAAUUGGUGCUACCAAAGACUUUCAUUAUAAACUGUAAAAUAUCAGAUCAUAUCACUGUAGAAAAAAAACAUUGUUAUAGAAAAUACCUCAAACAGCUGAGCUAUAGAGAGGGAUAAGAUGAGUAAAAGCUUUGUCCUGUUGCGCCUAUUGAGAAAGUAUAUAUGAAUGAUUAGAUACUUUUAAAGUGUAAAGACUAUUGGAUGUUGUUGUACAGGAUCAUUCAAACUGUUCUUUGGAAUCGUUCCAUUUCACAAUAUACUAACAUAUUGAAGACAGCAUUCCUUUAACUGCUGUGAAAUAGUGUAUAGGGUGAGAGUAAAAGAAUAAAACUAAAUUGUAUUUCCACACUGACAUCUUUUCAGUGUAGCAAUUUUCUCUGGUUUAUUUCUAGAGAUGUGUCAGUUUUACUUAAGUAAAACCGAUAUUGCAUGUUGUAAUGGUAAAUGAGUUAAUCACUUCCUGUAUUGAAUAAAUUGCUUUCUAUAA